UGGCAGUUUAUAAUUGAUUUGUAUUUUCGAUUGAAAUUUGUUUACAUUUUAAAAUUUACAACGUUUUCAAUUUGAACUGUCUACUGAAGUAUUUUGAUAUAAUUCUAUACAUUUACAGAAGAUUUUCUUUUUAUAAUUUACGGUUUAUACGUUUCAAGUUACUAUUCGGAUUUAUCAAUAGGGACACUGAUAAGGUAAUUUUUAAUUAUUUUUAUCAGAGUGACGUAUAUUUUAUUUGGGACGUUAUAUUAUUAAGAGUCGUUCAGUUUAUUAGUUGGGACGCAAGGCCAAAUAAGAUAGCAGUGCAAUAUUAGCUCGUCGUAUCAAAGUACAAGAUUCAAAGGUCAACAGUCGAUUGACUUAAAAUGACUAUACGGAAACCAAAACUAUUGAAAACACUGAUAUUAGGCGCUCCCGCAUCAGGGAAAGGUACAAUAUCAUCCCGAAUAGUAAAGAAGUACCAGGCUGAUCAUGUGUCCAGUGGAGAUAAAUUGAGGGAUCACAUAGAAAAGAAAACUGAAUUAGGACUGGAGGUUAAGAAAUACCUCAAUGAAGGCCAACUGGUACCAGAUAAUGUCAUGAUCAAGUUUAUGAUCACCGAAUUAAAGAAAGUUGAAGAUAAACCUUGGCUUCUAGAUGGAUUCCCACGGACCAUAUCACAAGCCGAGGCCCUGUGGAAAGUGCAACCGGUUGAUGUAGUGCUGAACCUCAAUGUGCCAUUUGAUGUCAUCAUAGAUAGGGUUAAAAAUCGCUGGGUUCAUUUGCCUUCAGGGAGGGUGUAUAAUAUAGGUUUUAAUACACCAAAGGUCUUGGGGAAAGAUGAUGUUACCGGUGAAGAUCUAUUCCAACGGCCCGAUGAUAAACCGGAGGCAGUAAAAAAAAGACUUGAGAUAUAUGAAAGUGUUACACGACCUGUAAUUAAUUUUUAUAAAGAAAAAGGUAUAUUGAAAGAAUUUGAAGGACGCACAUCAGAUGAAAUCUGGCCUCAAGUAACAGCAUAUUUGGACCCGAUAUUUCAAAAUUGAGAUACAUUACUCAACCAAGAUGCGCACAGUAUUAAGUUGAAAUGUAGUAUAAAGAAAAAUUACCAAAAAAAGGUCUUCCAUUGCAAUGAAUUUAUCCAAGUACUUAUGAAGAAUAUAUAAAUAAAAAUAUUUUGAUACAAUAAUGUUGUCUAUAUUUUAUAGUAAAAGUAAACUGCACAAGGAAACAUUAAUGUAUCAUAUAUCUCUAGUCAUGAUGAAAAAAUUAUAUAUAUUGGUCCUUUGCAGCUACUUAAGGAUAUAAAAAAAUUCUACAUCCACAAGCUGGUUUUAACAUUUUAAAUAAUUAAUUACAUAUGUAUGCCAUUUAAGGGCAAUUAAUUAAUAGUUAAUUAGUGCCUUAUCGUUUUUUACAUUUAUAAGGACUAUUAUUAAGAUAGUAUUGUUUAAUAAAGUGUUGGUUAUGGAUUAGUUCAUUUAGCACAAACUCUGUAAAUUUAAUCUAUAAGAUUUUCUAUUGCCACAGAUUAUAUAUUUUGUAGACUUGUUAUUAUAUAUAUGUUUUACUUUGUGCCAAAAAGUUGUUGUUUGUUUUAAUAAAAGUACUGCAGAUUAAA